CAUGAGAAGAGCAUCCGAGGACGGAAGCGUCACAUCCUCUGUAUGCCAAGCAUCAUCUGCGAGGCGGUGUGUCUGUGAAUGUGUGCGGCAGAUCAUCACUCAUGGUGCUCUUCGUGUAAAUACUGACGCUCAUUCGGGCGUCCAUCAUUCAGCAGCGAGUGAAAGCGGAACGGGAGAAGCGUGCGUUUGCGUUACUACACCAGACGACCAAAGCCGAGCCGCGGCUUUAUUAAAACAUGUAGCGAGCACGCAUUAGUGACGUCGCCGCAGCAUAUCGCCUUACGUCACAUGCUGGUAAAUCCGUCGCGUUUCGUCGUGCACCGAUUGGAUUGUAGGUUUGCUAAUAAAGCAGGACGCGUUCGGCGCGCGCUUGUGGAAUGACACCGUCGCGCGACAUCCAUCCGCGCAGCAGCUGACGUUUGACGAAGACUGAGCGCGGAGCGGCUUGAUUUCACCGCUGUGAAGGAUGAAAACCCGCGAAUAUCAGCAAAUAGACCCUCAGGCACUCGCGACUCCCACCCCGACACCUCCACCGCGACCUCUGCCCGAGCACAAGCCCCGACGAGCCCGGAGGAACUGGGAGGUGUUUCCCGGGAAGAACCGCUUCUACUGUGACGGGCGCAUCGUCGUGGCGCGUCAGAGCGGCGUGCUGCCGCUCACACUGGGACUCAUCCUGAUCACCAGCGGACUCUUCUUCAUAUUCGACUGCCCGUUCCUGGUGAAGCACCUCACCAGCUGCAUCCCGGCCAUCGGAGGGGUCCUGUUUGUGUUUGUGAUCAUCUCUCUCCUCCAGACCAGCUUCACAGAUCCGGGGAUUCUGCCCCGGGCCACACCAGAGGAGGCCGUAGACAUCGAGAAACAGAUCGACAACCCGACGGGCUCGUCCUCAUCCUACCGCCCCCCGCCGCGCACGAAGGAGGUCGUCAUCAAUCAGCAGGUGGUUAAACUCAAGUACUGCUUCACCUGCAAGAUCUUCCGUCCGCCGCGCACCUCCCACUGCAGCCUGUGUGACAACUGUGUGGAGCGCUUCGAUCAUCACUGCCCCUGGGUCGGCAACUGUGUGGGCAAACGAAACUACCGCUUCUUCUACACCUUCAUCGUCUCCCUGUCUUUCCUCACAGCCUUCAUCUUCGGCUGUGUAACCACACACCUGGCUCUAAGGUCGCAAGGAGGAAAUGGGCUUGUUUUCGCUCUCCAAGCGAGUCCUGCCAGUGCUCUUGAGUUAGUGGUCUGCUUCUUUUCAGUUUGGUCCAUUUUGGGCCUCUCAGGCUUCCAUACUUACCUGGUGGCUUCAAAUCUUACUACCAAUGAGGAUAUUAAAGGUUCCUGGUCAGGGAAAAGUGGAAAUGAGGUCGUUGGAAAUCCUUACAGUUACAACAGCAUUAUCAAAAACUGCUGUUCUGUGCUCUGUGGCCCCAUGCCGCCCAGUUUGAUUGACAGGCGAGGCUUUGUGCCCUCCGAUGACUCGGUCCAGACCAGUCCUGUGGAAAUCGAACUCCCUGCUGCUAAAAACGACAUAAACAUGUGCACACAGGGAACCAAAGGUCUGCUGGAAACGGCCUCUCGAUCUCCUCUCCUCACAAGCUCCUGUCCGCAGGCCAAACCUCAAGCCGUCUUGGAGACUCUACCAGAGAUCGUCCCAUCACCUGUCCCAGAGCCGCCCAAGAGCGCAGGAGGACGCCAGUCGACCAGCACCCCUCACAAACAUCACUCCCACCACAGAUCCAAGGCAAAACAAAGCACUCAUCACACCCACAACCCGACUCCCAAGACGUCCAACUCCUCUCCAAGACCCUAUCACAGCCACAGUUCAAGACAGAGAGACUCUAAGAACAGAGACCCCAAAUUCAGUUCUCUGCGCUGAGCAAUCAGACUCUGUCAACCUGCAUAUUAAUGCGUUUCCUGGAUUAUUUGAAUUUGUCCUCAUCAGAUUGAUUGAUUCAUGGGGUUUCAAUUGAGAC